GCGAGUACAUUCUGACCGUGAUGUGGGUUCAAAUUGUUUUGGGAUUUAUUUUAAUGGUGUCAUUUUGGUGUUGGCGAAAUAUUAAGUUUAUUAAGCAGUACAGAAGACUGGGAUGCAGUUAUACAGCCUUGCCCUUUAUAGGGCAUGCUCAUAUGUUUAGUGGUGAUAGGGAGGACAUAAUGAACACGUUCAUAAAAUUCGCGGAGGAUGCAAUCGCCCGCGGCGGGGUCGCCCCCCUCUGGCUGCUCGGCGACUACCACCUUUGUCUAGCAGAUCCCCUUGAUUGCGAAGCUGCAUUGAAGAAUUAUUUAUCAAAGGACAAACUGCUGAGAAUGAUAAGGCUUCUCACAGGAGACAGUUUCAUAUUUGCUCCAGUCGAAAUCUGGAGACCUCGUAGGAAACUGAUGGCGCCUCUCUUCAGCGUUAGAAGUAUCAACGCCUUCAUGUCUUCAUUCUCCAAGCAGAGCGAGCUGAUGGUGGACCAGCUGCGAACGAGGGCUGAUAAGGAACCCUUCGCCCUGUGGCCCUAUGUCAACGCCCUUACCUUGGACGCUGCUUGCGAGACGGUCCUAGGCGUCGACCUACACAGCCAGCUUGACCCAGAAUCACCAAUUUUGGUGGCUAUGGACAAACUUGUGGAGCUGGCGGGAGACGGGUUGACCAAGUUCUGGUUCCAAGUCGAGUUCAUUAUGAAGAACCAUCAUUCGUACAAAAGAUUUUUAAAGCAACAAACCGUAAUUCGCGCAUUUAUAGAUGAGGUCAUAAGAAAGCAAAAGGAAAGAAGCCACACAAUUACAAUGAACCCGAUCACUAAAGAGAUUUACUCUCUUGAGGAUGAAACGAAGAGUGUCAGUUUGAUUGAAAAGCUGAUUAGCCUGGAUGGCGGGCUGAAAGUUGGUGACGCAGGGAUCCGCGAUGAAGCCCUAGGACUCCUGCUAGCCGCCACGGACACAUCUGCGACAUCCAUAUCCUUCGUCGCCCUCAUGAUGGCCAGACAUCCUGAUGUACAGGAGAAAGUUUAUAAUGAAUUACAAGAAGUUUUUGGUGACUCAGACCGCCCAGUGACGCUGGAAGACCUUCCCCGGCUGAAGUACCUGGAGGCGGUGGUGAAGGAAACCCUGAGGCUGUACCCCCCCGCUUCGAACAUCGUGAGGGAGGCUGAUAAGGACUUUUUGUUACCAUCCGGAGUGAAAGUUUUCAAAGGAUCAAACCUGAUCAUCAGCAUUUGGGGAGUGCAGAGGAAUACCAAAUACUGGGGGGCCGACGCUGACCAGUUCAGGCCGGAACGGUUUCUCGAAGGUCCUCUGCAGCAUCAGAAUGCUUUUUUGGCGUUCAGUUGCGGCCAGAGAGGAUGCACCGGCGUCCAAUUCGCUAUGAUGUUCACCAAAACUGCGAUAUCCUGCAUCCUAAGAAAAUACCGUGUACUGCCCGCUAAAGAAGGAGACGAGAGGAAACAUCUGCGGCUGCUGUUCAGCGUUACUCUCAAAGAAAUCGAUAAUUUCACAGUCAGAUUACAAUCCAGAGAAAAUAAAUUGGUAUAA